AAUUGGUGUGCGUUUCAUUGAGGCGUGUGCUUAUAUUAAAGUCCACCGCGAAAAAACUCAGAGAUUCUCUCGCUACAACUAGAAACCAAAACCCAAUUUUGUUACCUCUUUUCUCAAUCCAGAAGUCAAAAACAAAACCUUUAAGCUCGAUUUUUUGGGUUUUCGAGAAACAAAACCUUUAACCUCGAUCGGGAUUUCGCGAAAUCCAGGUUGGAGAUGGGUUCUGAAGGACCAAAAGCAAUUACAAUUCAUGUGACUGGAUUCAAGAAAUUCCUUGGGGUUUCUGAGAAUCCUACUGAGAAAAUAGCUAAUAAUCUGAAAUCUUAUGUUGAGAAACGAGGCUUGCCUCCUGGAUUGACUCUUGGUAGCUGCACUGUUCUUGAGACUGCAGGGGAAGGUGCAAAGUCUCAGCUUUACGAGGUUUUGGAGUCUAGUGUUGCCUCUGGGGAUAAGAACAGUAACGGGACUGUUGUCUGGCUUCAUCUUGGGGUGAAUAGUGGAGCAACAAAAUUCGCUAUUGAAAGACAAGCAGUGAACGAAGCUCAUUUCCGUUGUCCUGAUCAAUUGGGCUGGCAACCACAGCGGCUUCCUAUAGUUGUUGAAGAUGGAAGCAUUUUAAAAACCAAAGAGACUUCAUGUUCGACAGAGUCGAUUUUCAAGUCACUGAAGAAUAGAGGCUUUGAUGUGGUUCAAUCAGACGACGCGGGGCGGUUCGUGUGCAACUAUGUCUACUAUCAUUCUCUCAGGUUCGCAGAGCAAAAGGGACACAAGUCUCUGUUCGUUCACGUUCCUUUGUUCUCCAAAAUCGACGAAGACACUCAGAUGCAAUUCGUGGUCUCUAUCUUGGAGGCAAUUGCAGCUACUUGCUAGCGUUUAUCUAUCAAGGCCACUAUUUGUAAGUAUCUAUGUGUACAUCCUUCUACGAAGCAUUGUGUUGUAGCUUGCGAUAAAGAAGACGAUUGUUUUUGGCUCUGAAACUUUCUGGGUCUGGUAAAGCACGAUUAAGAAAGAAGGAGCCUUUGUGAUCGUCUAUGUAAUAAACAAAUUCUCUUAUUCAAAAUGUCAAAAGUUUGGGUUUUUAUGUUAUAUUCUAUUGGAUA